AUGCAGGCGUUCGCCGACGCCUGGUCGGCGGCGUGCGCCGCCGGUGGGGCGUCGACGGUGCUGGUGCCGGCGAGCUACGUGUUCCUCGUCGGCCCCAUCACGUUCACGGGCGAUUCUUGCGAGCCCAACAUGGACUUUCAGGUGGAUGGCACGAUUCUCGCCCACACAGGGUCACCUGCAUGGCGCUCCGGGGUUUUGACGCAGUGGCUAGAGUUCAAGAACGUCCGGGGGCUCGCCAUCCAAGGAAGCGGCACCGUCGACGGCCAGGGCAGCCACUGGUGGAGCGGCGGCGGUUCUGCCGCCGGCGACGCCGAGAUGGAGCUGGACUCCGAUCGUGCCGGAACAAGCAACAACAGACCAACAGCUGUGAGGGUGUUCCAGGGCGCCAACGUAACCGUGUCGGGGAUAACGAUCCGGAACAGCCCCAGGUUCCACCUCACCGUCGACACCUGCCGUGCCGUCCAGGUGCACGACGUCACCGUGUCCUCGCCCGGUGACAGCCCCAACACCGACGGCAUCCACCUCGCCGGCUCCGUCGGCGUCUCCAUCCACCGCUCCACCAUCGCCUGUGGUGAUGACUGCAUCUCCAUUCAGGACGGCUGCUCCGACGUGUUCAUCCGUGGCGUGCACUGCGGCCCGGGCCACGGCAUCAGCAUCGGCGGGCUCGGCAAGGGCGGCGCGUCGGCGGCCGUCUCCGACGUCACCGUGCAGGACGUCACGCUGAACCAGACGAUGACCGGCGUCCGGAUCAAGACCUGGCAGGGCGGGUCGGGGUCGGUGAAGAACGUGCGGUUCUCCGGCGUGACGGUGUCGGCGGUGAAGACGCCGGUGGUGAUCGACCAGUACUACUGCGACCACGCGACGUGCAGCAACCAGACGGCGGCGGUGGCCGUGGCGGGCGUGGCGUACCAGGGCGUCGCGGGCACGUACACGGAGCGGCCGGUGUACCUGGCGUGCAGCGACGCCGCGCCGUGCUCGGGGAUCCACCUCGCUGACAUCCAGCUCACGCCGGUGAGGGACGGCGGCCACCACCUCGACGGGCCCUUCUGCUGGAAGGCGUACGGCGACCAAGUGGAGCCCGUCGAGCCGCCGGUCGACUGCCUACUGGCCGAAGCUCCAUGACCACGCCGGCUGGCAUGCGUCACCGUUUGACAUAUAGAAAUGGACAGCUUUGUAUAGAAAAUGAGUUUUGGUUGUGUUGAAAAGUGCGGUCGCCGCGAGUACGCCGGCCCGCUUUUGUAACGUGGCUACAGUAGUUUUCUA